GUAGACAUGGAUGCGACAAAAGAAUUCAGCUACAUGUGCAAAGCUUAGACGACAUCUACUCAGGCAGAUCGCAAGGCAGAUUAAAUAAAACGACUGCUUCUGCCUUCUGUGAGAAAACCGACCUAGCUACGGCAAUCUACCACGAAGAUAUUCAAACCGACAGUCAACAAUGUGCCUAGCUUUAUCAAUAAUGCCUCGCGGUCCUGCGUUGCCAAUGGCAAAAGAACGCAAUAGUAGGGACUGACGAUUUGCACAUGGGAGGGAUGACGCAUGCGGCCCGACGUAACUGCGUAACUUCAACGUAUGUUCCUCGUAUCAUGUGGCAAGUUCUCGUCGUAUCCAAUGGUACGUAUACAGUCACAGAGAAAACCUUUCUCCACCUUGAGGGUACAGUCCCCCAACCCCUCGUGUGUUCUUGCUGUUGGAUUAUUAAAAAACUUACAAGCAGCCGGUUUUCCACUUGUAGCGAAAUCCUUAACUGAUAUUUCGUCCUUUGUUUGAUCAUAACCAUGGAGGAAUUUGGGAAGGAAUGGUUUGACUCUUCCACUCCACAUGAUUUGACUGUUAGCACCAGACCCUUCAUUCGUCACAAUUGGAUAAAUACCUGUGAGAUUGCUUCUCUGUCCGGCUUCAAGGUCAUUCACCAUGCGACCGACGCCUCGACAUUUGGUCUUUUCUCGUCGUGACGUUAUCAUAAUUCACCAAGUGCAAGACAAGUGCUUCGACCGCUCAGAAUGAAUUUGUCACUGUGAGCGUCGUCUGCAUGUAAUCGUCCACUAGUUUGGCAGCUCCGUGCUAGGGAUCUCUGAGACGUAUCUGCUGAACAUUUCAAUGAUGUCGUGAUCGUCUGGAGACAGUUUGACCUCCAUGGGGUGUAAUGCGGCAAGCCGUCUUUAACACGAUGAUGUCACUGUCAUCUCUCAAUAAAUGACGUUCUCUCAUCAAAUAAAGCACACUGAAAUACUGAACUCGGUUACAAUGCGACGACUGCGUUACUACGUAAUGACCCAACCGUGGUGGGGAUGGAUCGCUUUCUUUGCCGUCAUAAUCUUGUGGCUGCUGUCUUCUACCAUUCUGCAACCGUCUUUCACCGCGAAGAAGCAACGGGAACACCGGGCAAAACGUCUGGCGGCAGCGUUCGCCGAGUGGCGCAAGUACACCACGAUGUUGGACAUCAAACGCAACGCCAGCGCGUAUUCACGUUCUCUCCCCGCCGACGAAUCCUGUUUCUUCACCCACAAGCUGGAGAGAUCCGACAUGCCGACCAUACACUCGGCGUUCGUCGCUCAGGAAUCCAGCAGCGUCGUGCUUGUUGGGGUACGGUUCUUAAGGGAAAAGUGGAACGAGGCUCGGUUCACUUGUGAGUUCCCGAACGGUGAAAUGACGUCCAUCGACCCAGUGGUAGAUGAUUACCGGAGCUUUGGUUAUUUAUCGCAAUAUGUGUUUGUUAUGACCUGCCUGUUACCAAAAGCUUAUCGGGGAAAGCGUAACUUUACAAUGAGUUUGUACAAGGAAACAUGGCGCCGCAAAUGGUACAGGUAUGCUUACACGAACUUUACUGUGUGCCGAGGAGUUGGUACCCACUCUGGUGCGAAGAAACAGUUCUUGAGCGUUUGCACGAUGGUCAAGGACAUGGACGAUUUCCUCCCAGAUUGGUUAGACUUCCACCGGUUUGUCGGCGUGGAACACGCUUACAUCUACGACAACGCGCCUGAGGAUUUAAGCCUUCUUCGUGAAACUGUCCGAGAGCACGUGGAGUCUGGCUUUGUUACCGUCAUUCCCUGGUCACACCGACCGUCGCAUGAGAAGUCUUACCUGGAAGUCCAAAUAGCUCAUGAGAAUGACUGUCUUUGGCGCCAUCGAUACGACACUCAUUGGAUGAUCAAAAUCGACGUAGAUGAAUACAUCCAACCAAUGAAUCCAUCCAUGCCGAAGAUAACCGACUACUUACGAGACCCACAUUUGGAUCAAUUCGGUGCCGUUCGGCUGCAGAACUGGUUCUUCGGCCGCCGGAAUCUGACCGAGACUGUCCCCGGAUCGAUAAUUGAGCGUAAUCGGUGGCGACCGGAGGAUCCGACUCUACCGAACACAGGGAGGGAUAAGAACAUUCUACGGCCGAUUAAUGUUCAUUAUUUCAAAAUCCACGCAAUCAAGCUGGGUGGGGAGGCGAAAUCAAUCGAUCCGAGGACGGAGCUUCGAUUGGUGCAUUACCGUGGGGACAAUCCCAGGAUCCGGCAUUUUGACCUUCCUGAUUUCUCUGUCCUUGACGAGAGCAUGGUCCAAAUCUGGCGAAAGGUCAAACAAUCCAAACAGCGAGGGCUCAUGAAGGAUUUUGAUUCGUCAUCGGUUGAGUCGAAAGACAAUGAAAUUAUAAAACUGCUGGGCAAAAAUAAUAAUUAAUAUGGAUAAAACAUAAAACAACGGUUACUUACAGUUUCGAAAUACUCGUAUUAUAAUAGAAAAAACCAUUUUCUCAAGAUCAGUGUAGGUAAGAACAACCUCGUGGCUAAACCAUCUGUGUUAUUAUAAUAAUAAUAAUGUUGGUUUGAUGUUGCAGCCGCUUCCAUCAAAUCGCAUUCUGUUACUGUCUUUUCAAGUUGCUGUUAUUUGCAAAGAAUUUAUGAAAUGGGAGGUUGAGAACAAUGUGCAAUAAAUUCAUUGCAGCUCUCUACCACUUAGGUCUGUAUAGCAGGAUUAAAAUGAAUAAAUUUGGUUUUCGUUUCAUCGUAGAAAAUAAUUAUUUGAGGAGAGAAUGAGAAACACAGUAUAAGUCCAUGGCUGCUGUGACAUGCGUUGUAUACAUCAAAGAUCGUAUAGCUCCGCCUAGCGGCGCAAGAUAUAGAACUUCACCGUGAAUACGCGUGUAACCUACUCGCAUGGCGCCAUUUGAGCAAGCGAUACGCCUGCGCAGCAGCCUAAUGCAUAGGCGCAGGCGCUGCAAAGGCACGCCCACCUGGUGCUCUUGCGGCAUGCGUUCUUUUGAUGGGGCUAGAUGAAAAAUAGAUAAAUAAACCAAUAAACCCUUUGCGAAUUUACUUUGACCAAAAUCUGGUACACUGAGUUCUUUAAAUUCACGUCAACAUAAACAACUUGGAUUCUCCAAACUAAACCCACUGUUUCUAUACCUCCUGAUUCGG